UUCUAGAAGGACACGGUGGCAAUAGCAAGAACCCAGCUCCAUCUUGUCUCUACUGACACUCGAGCCCACACUCCAUUGUCUAUUCAGCAUCAUGAAGGUCCCUGGAGCUACCUUUGCUGUUCUUCUCUGCACCAUGACCCUCUGCAGCCAGGUCUUCUCUGGACCACUCGGUGCUGACACACCAGAGAUGUGCUGCUUCUCCUAUGUGUUCCGGCAGAUGCCACUCAAAAUUGUAGUUGACUAUUUUGAGACCAAUAGCCAGUGCUCCAAGCCUGGUGUCAUCUUCCAUACCAAAAAGGGCCGGAAGGUCUGUGCCAACCCCACUGAGUCCUGGGUCCAGCAAUACACAGCUACCCUCAAGCAGAAACCAGAAACAGGAGCUAGAGAAUUCCAGUGAUCUCAAAGGGUCUUAGAAACACCUCUGUACCCUCCAUACCUACUUCCUACCUCUCCUGUGAGCUAGUUGUUGCCAAACAGCCACACUCUGGAACUCUUCCUAACUUAAACUUCCACUUAUUUAUAUUAUUUAAUUUUUGUGAUCUAUUUUCAAUGCCACAUUGUAUUUAUGACUCUUUGCUCUGAGAAAUCCUAGCACAUUUUUGUCACCUCCACUUCCCCAGUCAUUUCAAUUGUGAUUGGUGACAACUGAGUGACGAUUAUCAGUUUGUUCUUGGCAGAUAAUGUCAUAGCCAUGAGACUGAGUAAUGUAUUGGAUUGGGUACACUAUUCAGAGCCUGUGCUCAGCCCAGAGAAAUAAUAAAGACACUUGUUUGAAAAGCA